UUUUUCCACCGCUUUUACAGAAAUAUAACGAGAUAAAAAUAUUUUCUCCCAAUUUGUAUAAUUUAUUAACAAAUGUCAUUGUAUUUUGCAGAUAUCACUGCGUUGAAAUAAAAGGCAAUCUAAUUUUUUAAAUGAUUGAUUUAAAUGCAGCUCAUAUUGUAAAGAUGACAACAAUUCUGCAACAAUGCUAUUUUUGUCAAGAACUCUUAACGAAGCGUAGCGCACAUUCGCGCAUCAGUCGCGUAAUAUAUAUUUUCGCAUGAUAAUCGCAGUUCCGCCGGAUGUACGAAUAAUGCUCUAGUCAAGGUAACCGAGAGAAACGAAAUCGUCUAUCGCGCACAAAGUACAGGUGCGCGAUGCAACGAAAUCAGUUCAUCAUCCGGUGCAAACGAUGCUGGUCGCAAACGCGAGACCAAGCAUCGAAAUACAUCUUCAUUAAUCUUGCGGUCGCGCUUUCACACGAAACGGACAACGAAUUAGAAAAGAGAAGCCCGAGGGAGGACGAUAAUUAUUCAUGGAAAAAAUCUUCUCACUAGAUCGUUUCUUAGAAUCAACUGGUGGACGCCAAAGUUUCUAGUUUUACGAAAAUAGUGACUCUUCAUUCUCAUUAAGAGAGUGCGACCGUGUCGUUUGCAUUUGUAUUCCGAAGAUGCGCCGCUUCUUGCUACUGCUUUUACUGCCAAUCGUAACUUCGGAGCUGUGCGAGCACGCUUGGUACCAAUAUUUCACAUGCCAGAAUAAUUCCCUUUCUUGUCCUAAUAAUCAGAGAUGCACAUUCAUCGAACACUGCCCGGCAGUUGCGACUCUAAUGGAUCGAAACGAGCUCUCCGCUCACAGAUUGCGACAAGCUGUGUGUGGGUACGAUCGAACACGCAUGAAAAUUUGCUGCAGCGUGGCCACUUAUUUCGAACAGCCAACAUAUACAAGUCUGGAUGUGAAUCCGAAGGAAUCAUCCUCGAGCUUGCAGUGCGGAAAGAGUCUUAUUUCGAAUAACGUAGAUAGUUUAGGAUCGUAUCCUUUUGUCGCAAGGAUCGGUUUCAUAAGCAAGUAUUUACGCGCAUAUAGAAACAUAUUGCAUAGAAAUUACAUGGUGUACAGAAUGUCCCAGAAGCUGUCCAUUUUAAACAUGCGCUUUCAGUCUGUUAGCAAGAAUUCGUUUUCAGAUACAUUAACGGGUGAGAUCAAAUACUCGUGCAAUGGCGUGAUUGUUAAUGAGCGUACAGUAUUAACUACAGCGACAUGCGCACUCGCGAAAUCGGACAAAUACAGAUUGUGCUCUGUGCUCAUUGGUGAACAUAAUACAGAGUCAGAUCCGGAUUGCAACAAGUUAUUUUGCGGACAUAAAACCAGUAGCCACGAUAUAUCGUAUGUGGUAAAACAUCCGGGCUACGACGCCGCAACAUUUUCCAAUAAUCUCGCCUUGCUUCGCUUGAAGAAGGCCAUCGAUUUUACAGCCACAGCGCAACCGAUUUGUUUUAUACCGGAAGACAGAUACGUCAGUUUAGGAAGUACAUGCACUGUUGCCGGCUGGGGAAAGUUAUCCGGUCAGAAAGCACAGCCAACGACGCAACAGUCAUUACAGCUAAAACUCGUACCUAAGCAGCAAUGCUCGGACUACUUAAGCCAAGGUCUGUCUGUUGAAUUAUGCGCCAAAGGAAACUGUGAACCUUGUUCAGGUUACAGCGGAAGUCCUCUAUUGUACAAAUAUGCGGACACAUAUUUCCUGGUUGGAAUCCUAUCAUAUGGGUCUAGCUGUGACUCAGAUACCGUUUUUCCAUCUGCAUUUAUAAAUGUACAGAGAUAUGCGAGAUGGAUUUUAGAAAAUUCUUAAGAUCGUACAAAUGCGUCUUAAGAUUUCUCAGAAAUACUGAUUGGUAUUGUAUUUUUAUAAGUUUUAUUGUUUUUUUUUUCCCCCCCGAGAAUCCAAA